GCGCGAGAGCGUUUGGUAGGCGGGAGAGGGAACAGAUGGAGAAUCAGUGGAGAUGGUGACUUCCCGCUGAGUUGUGUUGACUGCAUUCUCUCCACCUCUGAAGAGGAGGAGAGAUAUACAGUGAAGGCGGCGCCUUGGGAAAUUGUUAAAAGGGAAAUCGUUCGGAGACUGUCGGAAACCGCGCGCCCUGAGGGGGAUGGGAGGCGAGGGGGAUGGGUGGGUUAGGGGUAAAAACCGAGCCAACGCCGCUGUGAUGCUUGGGCGCCGAGAGGCCGCGGCGGCGAAGCCGGAAUUCAGCGGCUGAAGGGAGAGAGGAGGGGGAGACGGCGCGAAAUGUUUCGCUGUGCAGUUAACCGAUGGUGUGCUGGGGAAGAAAAACGAGUUGACAGUCGCACAAUUUAUGUUGGCCAUCAUCCAACUCCUGAGAUAGAAGCAUUUCUUCCUCAGAAUUUCUGUGACAACAGGAUAGUUUCAUCAAAGUACACGUACUGGAACUUUAUUCCCAAAAAUCUGUUUGAGCAGUUCAGAAGAAUAGCAAACUUUUACUUUCUCAUUAUAUUCCUUGUUCAGGUUAUUGUUGAUACUCCAACUAGUCCAGUAACAAGUGGACUUCCUCUGUUUUUCGUGAUUAUUGUGACAGCAAUUAAACAAGGCUAUGAAGAUUGGCUCCGACACAAAGCUGAUCACUCUGUGAAUAAAAGCCCAGUUUCUGUUGUUGAUGGAGGAAAGAUUGUGGAAAAGCAAAGUGAAAAAAUUCAGGUUGGGGAUAUUGUGUGUGUGAAAGAAGAUGAAACGUUUCCAUGUGAUCUCAUCCUGCUAUCCUCAAGUAGGGAAGAUGGCACCUGCUAUGUCACUACUGCUAGUUUGGAUGGGGAAUCAAGUCAGAAGACAUACUUUACUGUGCCAGACACUAGUGCGUUCCGUACAGAGAUGGAAGUUGAUUCUUUGAGCGCCAUCAUUGAAUGUGAACAACCUCAGCCUGACCUUUACAAGUUUGUUGGACGCAUUCAUGUUUUCAGUGAUAAGCAAGAACCAGUUGCAAGAUCUUUGGGCCCUGAAAACCUGCUUUUAAGAGGAGCCACCUUAAAGAACACGGAUAAGAUAUAUGGUGUUGCCAUAUAUACUGGGAUGGAAACGAAAAUGGCAUUGAAUUACCAAGGAAAGUCACAGAAACGCUCUGUGGUGGAAAAGUCAAUUAAUGUUUUUUUAAUAGUGUACUUGUGCAUAUUGGUCAGUAAAUCUUUGAUAGGCACCAUGUUGAAAUACAUUUGGCAAAGUGAUCCUGCUAAUGAUGAGCCUUGGUAUAGUUCAAAAACAGGCAAAGAAAAAAAUAUCAACCAGCUUGUGAAGAUGUUCAUCGACUUCCUCUCCUACAUGGUGCUCUUCAACUUCAUCAUUCCAGUUUCUAUGUAUGUCACUGUGGAGAUGCAGAAAUUCUUGGGUUCUUACUUCAUUACGUGGGAUAAAGACAUGUAUGAUGAACAUUUGGGUGAAGGCGCACUGGUAAACACAUCUGAUCUCAAUGAGGAGCUGGGGCAGAUCCAGUAUGUUUUCACGGAUAAAACUGGAACCCUGACUGAGAACAACAUGGAAUUUAUUGAAUGUUGCAUAGAUGGAUUCAAGUAUAAAAACUUCGUUGAUUCGUGUGUUGUGGAUGGAAUUUCUUCAAAUGAUGGUCGUUGUAGUAGUAUCUAUGGAAUGGCUGGAAAGGAAAAAGAGGAGCUGUUUCUUCGUGCUCUAUGCUUAUGCCACACUGUUCAAGUAAAAGAAGACGACAAAGUAGAUGGUCUGUUAAAGCAGCCUGGGGGCUCAUAUACAUAUAUCUCAUCAUCUCCAGACGAAGUUGCUUUGGUACAAGGCGCUAAAACAUUGGGCUUCACCUUUCAAGGAAUGGAAAACAACCGGAUGAAAAUACAAAAUAGAGAGACAGAAAUUGAGAUAUAUGAACUUCUGCAGAUUCUCAGCUUUGACCCUGUUCGUCGACGAAUGAGUGUAAUUGUGAAAGAGAAUUCAGGGAGAAUUUUCCUUUUCUGUAAAGGAGCAGACUCUUCAAUUUUUCCAAAAGUAAACACUGGAAAACAGGAAGAAAUAAGACUGCAUGUAGAAUGCAGUGCUGUGGAUGGUUUGAGGACUCUCUGUGUUGCUUAUAAAGAACUCACUCAAGAUGAAUACAACCAGAUCAGCGCACAGCUUCAGGAAGCUAAAAUGGCCCUAAAGGAUAGAGACAAAAAGUUAGCAGAUGUUUACGACAAAAUUGAAAUUGAUUUACAUUUAAUUGGUGCGACAGCUGUUGAAGACAAGCUCCAAGAACAAGCUGCAGAAACGGUUGAAGCCUUGCGCUCUGCGGGUAUGAGCGUGUGGGUGCUCACAGGAGACAAGAUGGAAACAGCAAUGGCCACGUGUUAUGCCUGCAGGCUUUUCCAUACUAACAUGAAGCUUUUAGAACUGACAACAAAAAACAUUCAGGAGUUCAAAGCAAGAAAUGAGGCAAAAGUGCAUGAGCUACUGCUGGAACUACACAAAGUGGUUGUCCAAGAUAAAAAAUAUUCUUCCGUCAGUCAAUUAAGAAGUUGGUCUACUACGCAGGAAUUUGGUUUGAUCAUUGAUGGUGCUGCUCUGUCACUAAUAAUGAAACCAACCCAAGAUGGGAGCACAGGCAACUACAAAGACCUGCUGUUGCAAAUAUGUCAGAGAUGUACUGCAAUUUUAUGUUGCCGAAUGGCACCGUUACAAAAAGCACAGAUUGUAAAAAUGGUGAAGAACACAAAGGAGCAUCCUAUCACGUUGGCAAUCGGUGAUGGUGCAAAUGACGUCAGCAUGGUUCUAGAGGCACAUGUUGGGAUUGGUUUAAAAGGCAAGGAGGGUCGCCAAGCAGCGAGGAACAGUGAUUACGCAAUACCAAAGUUUAAACAUCUGCAGAAGCUUCUUCUUGCUCAUGGACAUUUAUACUACAUUCGGAUAGCACACCUCGUUCAGUAUUUCUUCUACAAGAAUCUUUGCUUCAUCUUUCCUCAAUUUUUAUACCAGUUCUACUGUGGAUUCUCUCAGCAGCCACUGUAUGAUGCAACUUACCUUACAUUUUAUAAUAUCUGCUUCACUUCUCUGCCAAUAUUGUUGUAUGGUCUGCUGGAACAGCAUAUAAGCAUUGAAAUGCUGAAAAAAGAUCCCUCUCUGUACAGGAAUAUUGCUAACAAUGCAUUGCUACAAUGGAAGCCUUUCCUUUAUUGGACAUUUCUGGGGCUAUUCAAUGGUCUCGUGUUUUUCUUUGGGGCUUAUUUCCUCUAUGACAAUUCAACCCUUACAGACAAUGGUCAGGUUUAUGGAAAUUGGACUUUUGGAACAAUUGUCUUCACUGUUCUGGUAUUUACAGUUAAUCUGAAGCUUGUAUUGGACACUCAAUACUGGACGUGGAUCAAUCACUUUGUAAUAUGGGGUUCUUUAGCCUUUUUCGUCAUCUUCUCUUUCUUUUGGGGUGGCAUCAUAUGGCCUUUCCUGAAGCAGCAAAGAAUGUACUUCGUCUUUGCACAGAUGCUGACUUCUGUUUCAGCAUGGCUUACUAUAAUUUUAUUAAUAACUGUCAGUUUGAUGCCUGACGUUAUGGUAAAAGUCUUGAGCAAGCACCCAGACAAAGGCAGACUGCAGAAAUAUUUGGUCUAUAACAAGGCUGCUGAUACAGUUUCGACCCCCAGAUCCCCUGUCGAACCACUUCUUGCAAGAUCAUUCUCAAUUGAAUCAUGAUUACCACUGACAGAGUUUAAAAUUUGCAGAGCCAGAGUUGCUGACAGUGAGAUAUAUUAAAGAUGGUCCUUUCAGCAGAAAUCCUAAGUCUGAAGUGAAUUGAUCAAUCUGUGAAGAAAUAAGUGUGGUCGGACUGGUGAAUACACAGUAAACCGCCCUUUAUAUCCUGUGCCUGUGCUAUUAUUGGCCCUGAACUUGUUUGGACUUGGCAUUAAGAAAUCCAUUCAGGGUUAUCUGAAAACAAAUUUGACUUUGGUGUGCAGAGUUUCUGGAUCAGAAACUGCAGAGUGAUCUGUGUUCUGAGAAUGCAAUUCUUUUAAUGUAGUAGGUAAACUGAGUUGCCUUGUCCGGUGGCUUUGUCAUAUUAUUCAACAAAACUUCAAAAAUAAUCUUGUAAAAUGCUUUACCCUUAUUCACUCAUCAAUGUAUUUAAGUUCGAGUUGUCAUUGUUACAAUAUAUAUUUUUUAACCACACUUUAGUAAUCAGGAAUUAGAAAACCAUUUGUCAAUAGGUAUUGCAAGUUGCUGUGUUAGUGUGAUAAUGUCAGUUGUGUAACUGAAUGCUAUUAACCUAUUGAUUAGACAAAAAUGUUUGGUUUAGAGAGAUACACAAAGCAACAGUUUCUGUUGGUUUUAUAUUUUUAAUUCUAUCCUAGUGCAAUUUGGAAUGGCCCAUUGUCUACGUUGGUAGUCAGUAUAACAAUCUAUGUCUUUUGAAUGUUAAUCCAGUGAUCAAUUGAUGCUAGUGAAUGAAGACAACUGUUUUGUUCCUUGCCUCCAGAUGAACUAUUUACAGAUUAUUGUACUUUAAACCAUAUAAUGCAAGUUGGUGAAGUAGCACUUACCAUAGGAAUUCUAAACAUCGGUAGCAUUUUUGAAGCAUGAAUAUAAACCAGCAUUGUUCAAGUUUUUAAAAAGAUCUUACCAGGGAAUAGAUUAUCUUUAUAAUUCAGGAUUAAAUAUAUCAGAAUGUAUGAGGUAUUAGUAUAGCUAGUAAGAUAAUGCACAGUCCCAAUCUUGAAAUGUGAUGAAUACAAAUACUGACAUUUUAUAUAUGUACAUAUAAAAAUGAAGUUUCUGUAUGAGCUUUAAAAAAAAGGAAUAAACAAAUAUGCUCUUGAAA